GUAUGAACGCUGCCGUGAGAGCCACAGUCAGAGUUGGACUCUACACUGGAGCUAAAGUCUACUUUGUUCAUGAGGGCUACCAGGGCCUGGUUGAUGGAGGAGACAACAUCCGCCCUGCUACAUGGGAGAGCGUCUCCAUGAUGCUGCAGCUGGGAGGAACUGUCAUCGGCAGUGCUCGCUGCCAGGACUUCAGAGCCAGGGAAGGUCGUAUGAAGGCGGCCCACAACCUGGUGAAGCUGGGAAUCACCAACCUGUGCGUGAUUGGAGGCGACGGCAGUCUGACUGGAGCCAACGCAUUCAGGACUGAGUGGAGUGGACUGCUGGCUGACCUGCUCAAAGCUGGUAAGAUUACAGAAGCAGAUGUAAAAAAAUCCUCCCAUCUGAACAUCGUUGGCAUGGUCGGCUCCAUCGACAACGACUUCUGUGGUACUGACAUGACCAUUGGCACCGACUCUGCUCUGCACCGCAUCAUUGAGGUGGUGGACGCCAUCACCACGACUGCACAGAGCCACCAGAGGACAUUCAUCCUGGAAGUGAUGGGCAGACACUGUGGGUACCUGGCCCUGGUGACAGCUCUGGCCUGUGGUGCAGACUGGGUGUUCAUUCCUGAGAUGCCCCCAGAUGAGGGCUGGGAAGACCACUUGUGCAGGAGGCUGGCAAAUCAAAGGGCCAGAGGUUCUCGUCUGAAUGUGAUCAUCGUAGCUGAGGGUGCAAUGUCCAGAGACGGUAAACCAAUUUCAUCUGAGGAGAUUAAAAAGUUGGUUACUGACAGGCUUGGCUUUGAUACUCGCACCACCAUCCUUGGACAUGUACAGAGAGGAGGCACACCCUCUGCCUUCGAUAGAAUCCUGGGCAGCAGGAUGGGUGUGGAGGCCGUGAUGGCGUUGCUGGAGGCCACUCCCGACACUCCUGCCUGUGUGGUCAGUCUCUCUGGGAACCAGGCAGUCAGACUGCCGCUCAUGGAGUGUGUGCAAGUGACCAAAGAUGUGACUGCUGCCAUGGCUGAGGGCAGAUUUGAGGAUGCUAUCAAGCUCAGAGGAAAGAGUUUUGAAAACAACUGGAACACAUACAAGAUGCUGGCUCACAUCAAUCCCCCAGAUGUUAAGAGCAACAUCAAUGUGGCCAUCUUGAAUAUCGGUGCUCCCUGUGCUGGUAUGAAUGCAGCUGUCCGUUCAGCAGUCAGGAUGGGUAUUAUCCAGGGUCACAACAUGUUUGCUGUCCACGACGGCUUUGACGGUCUGGCUCAAGGACAGGUUGAACCUAUCAACUGGACCACAGUGAGUGGCUGGACUGGAAAAGGAGGCUCAAUGUUGGGCACCAAGAGGACUCUGCCAGCUAAAAUCCUGGAGGGAAUCAGCCAGAACAUUGCCAAGUUCAACAUCCACGCUUUGGUGAUUAUUGGUGGAUUUGAGGCCUAUGUAGGAGGCCUGGAGUUGGUUCAGGCCAGAGAGAAAUAUGAGGAGAUGUGCAUUCCCAUGGUGGUUAUUCCCGCCACUGUCUCCAAUAAUGUCCCCGGCUCCGACUUCAGCAUUGGCGCUGACACGGCCCUCAACACCAUCACCUCUACCUGUGACAGAAUCAAGCAGUCCGCAGCAGGGACCAAGCGCCGUGUGUUCAUCGUUGAAACCAUGGGUGGAUACUGCGGUUACUUGGCCACCAUGGCCGGUCUGGCUGCAGGUGCCGAUGCUGCCUACAUCUAUGAGGAAAAAUUCAGCAUUAAAGACCUGGAGAUGAACGUCGAGCAUCUUUUGCACAAGAUGAAGACAACAGUGAAGAGAGGUUUGAUUCUCAGGAAUGAGAGCAGUAAUGCCAACUACACCACUGACUUCAUCUUCAACUUGUACUCAGAGGAGGGCAAAGGCAUCUUUGACUGCCGCAAGAAUGUUCUCGGACACAUGCAGCAGGGUGGUACUCCAACACCCUUCGACAGAAACUUUGGCACAAAGAUGGGUGCCAAGUCUGUUCUGUGGCUGACAGAGAAGCUGAAGGAGUGCUAUAGGCAUGGUCGUAUCUUUGCCAACACACCAGACUCCGCCUGCGUGCUGGGCAUGAGGAAGAGGGCGCUCACCUUCCAGCCUCUUGCUAAUCUGAAGGACGACACAGAUUUUGAUCACCGCAUCCCAAAGUCACAGUGGUGGCUGAAGAUCAGGCCCAUCAUGAAGAUCCUGGCCAAGUACAACAUCAAACUAGACACAUCUGAGCAUGCCGACAUGGAGCAUGUGAUCAAGAAGAGAACUAAUCUCAGUAUGUAGAUUCAGUUAGUUCCCAAGGAGCACACAGACAGAUAGUGGACAUUUUUAUGUUCGAUUACAACCU